ACAGACAUGGAAAGAAAACACUUGAAAAAAGAGAUUGAAAAACUCUUGGGAGAUUAUGUUGGCAUCAUACUUCGGGAAAAUGGAUUUGACCCACAAGGAAAAAGACAAAUCUCUUUUCUGGAUGACUUGGCUCAGUAUGACUUGGCUGUAAAUGUUGCUUUGGCUUGGCGCAGUGAUUCAGAAGUCCAAAUGCCAUGGGGAAAACAAAAAAGGAAACUGCCACUGCCUCAACAGUAUAUCUAUCCCAACCCAAUCAAGAGAGAAGCAAUGAUUUUAUCAGCUUAUGCUGGGAUGCUAAUGAAUAGCCUUCCUAUUGAAGAUGUCAUUGGGAUUUAUAGCACUGGUCCUUCUGCAACACCCCUGCACAGUUCUAAAGGCCACUGGAUUCACCCUUCUAAUCUCUCCCUGCAUCCCUUUGCCAUGUUGACAGCUCCACAAGCUGCAGAAUAUGCCUGGAAGCAAAGUGUCAAGUUCCACCGGGCAGCGGCAAACCGAAAAGCCACCAGCAGCUCAACAAAAAGAAACAACACCAAUUAG